AACAGAAUAUCUGAUCACCACAGAUCAGUUUAAUCUAUGUCUGUGUCUAUGUGUCUACCCAACUUGGACCUCAUGGAGCAAACUGGUGUAUCACAGCAUAAAACCACCUACCUCAUUUCCCUAACCUUGGUGAAGGUGGAGACUACUGAGGAUCAUGGGAUGGAAAAGGCCAAGCAAAGUGUGGAGGGGGCCACAACUCAGGCUGGAGGAAAACAACUAUCCCCGAAUGCAGACGCAAGCAACAGGGAUCUGAAACAACAGAAACAAGAGGAUGUCACUGAACCAGAAGCAAAGAAAGGUACCCAGCUCAAAACAGAACAGGAAAUACUUCCAAGCCCCAGGGACCAUAAAGCACUUUUUACAGAUGGUGCACAACCCAGUGACAGGCAAAAAUCAAUAACCUCAUCCACUGCAGAAAACGGUGGGGCAAGAGAAGCCACAGGAGCAUCUCAAACAUCUAUAUCCCAGGAUGUAGCAGAACCAACCCAACCCCCCGCCACAAGUGAUGGUGUAGGACGUAUUAACAAGCGGCCUGUUUCCCUUCUAAAGACACACAGUGGUGCCCUCGGUAAUCGUGAACUACGGGAGGCCAGAGACAGCAUCCAUGCUUCCUCUAAGAGCCUGGAUCGUAAGGACAGCAGGACCAGGAUCCAGUCCCCUGCCAGCCCUGCUCCCAGCACAUUUAGAGCCUCCUGGGCUGUGUGUGAGGCCAAACCCAAUCAGGAAGAUCAGAAAGGAGGCACUAGGGUUAAAAUGUCUACGGAAGCUGUGAUAUCCAUGCGGACCCAAAGCCCAAGAGCAGAGAGACUGAAGUCAGGGUCUACAUCUCUUCCAGCUCCUGGCACUGUGGUCUCCAAGCCCCAGCGCAAAGGGAAGAGUCGUACCCUGGACAACAGUGACCUGAACUGCCUGUCCGAGGACCUUCUGAAAGGAAAAGGUGGUCAAAUGACAUCAGACAUCAGGACAGGUCAGUUGCAAGGGACCUCGACCCGUGACCGCAAAAUGCUCAGAUUUAUUAGUGGCAUUUUUACCAAGAGCACUCAAGUCCCAUCCAGCGCUGGUAUGGUACCCCAAGUUCCUAGCUCCUCACAGAGAGAAUCCAGUGAGGAUGAAGCUUCCUUUGCUAACAGUCAGGAAUGGACCUUAAAUCGUUCCAUACCAGAGCUGAGACUGGGGGUGCUGGGUAGCGUGCGAAGUGGAAAAUCUGCCCUGGUAAACAGGUUUAUCACAGGAAGUUAUCUUCCCCUUGAGUCACAUGAAGGUGGGAGAUAUAAAAAAGAGGUGUUGGUUGAUGGUCAGAGUCACUUGUUACUGAUUCGAGAGGAAUCCAGCCUUCCCACUGCACAGUUUAGCAACUGGGUAGAUGCAGUUAUCAUGGUGUUUAGCCUGGAAAACGAAGCCAGCUUCCAAGAUGUGUAUAAGAACUUCAGUGAACUGGGAGCCCACCGCAACACUGCAGACAUCCCGCUCAUAGUAGUGGGCACACAAGAUAAGAUUAGCAGCACUAACGUUCGUGUUAUUGAGGAUAAGCGGGUACAACAGCUUUGUUCAGAUGUCCGACGCUGUACCUAUUAUGAGACCUGUGCCACCUAUGGACUGAAUGUGGACCGAGUCUUCACUGAAGUGUGCCAGAAGAUAGUAGCAGGUAAGAAGCAAGCCAGCCUUCUAGCAUCCUGCAAGUCCCUACCCAACUCCCCCAGUCACUCUGGAGCCUCCACGCCUGUGUCUGCUCCAUUAUUGGGACAGGCCAGUAAUGGGGGUCAGACUAGUGAUUAUUCCUCCUCUUUGCCCUCCACCCCUGUGAUAAGUCACAGAGACAUACGUGGAGUGGCAGGAGGAGAGGGAGGCUCUCAGCGAAAUUUACCACGCCGCCGGACCUCCUUGUUCACGAACCGUCGUGGGAGCGAUAGUGAGAGGAAAACUCCGGACAGCAGAGCUGAUGUAGGAGGCAGCAAAACAGUUAUCAUCAGACAGGGCACAUUAUGGAAGCGCAGUGAACGCUCUCUGAACAAGGAGUGGAAGAAGAAGCUUGUCACACUCACCAACAAUGGCAUUCUGACGUAUCAUUCAAACAUCAAUGAAUAUAGGCAGAACACCCAUGGUAAGGAGAUGGACCUGCUGCGCGUAACUGUGAAAGUACCAGGAAAGCGUUUGCACAGGGCAGUGCCCCCAACUGGCCCUGCACCUGCCUCUACUCCUGCCCCUGGGGUCAAUGGCCUUGCAAAAGACAAACCAGUAUCUGAAGGGGGAACCUCAUCAGUUCUUCUGACUGUUGAUGAGGCAGCUAGUUCUGUAGUGCCAUCUCAAGAUGAACAAAAAAUCAAACGCUGUCCUUCCUCUGUGUCCAAUAAGGCAGUAUGCAUGGAAUCAAGCAUUGAGGCGCUUACAAGCCCUUCUCUGUUAAAAGACCUCACUCCAUCGUCCCCCAUGAGCGACAGGAAGAAGACCAAGAGGAAGAAAAGUAUGAAUGUCAAAGGAGAUGCUGCAGCCAGCCAGGCUGAUGAGGAGGAGAACGCAGACUUUAUCAUCAUAUCAAGCACAGGACAGAGCUGGCACUUUGACACCCAGAAUCAGGAGGAAAGGGAUGCCUGGGUGCAAGCCAUUGAGAGUCAAAUCCUAGCUUCUCUGCAACUGUGUGAAAGUAGAAAUAAGACUCGGAGAAGCAGCCAGAGUGAAGCUGUGGCACUACAAGCCAUUCGCAACGCCAAAGGAAAUGAUCUGUGUGUGGACUGUGAUGCACCACAUCCCACCUGGGCAAGUCUAAAUUUGGGAGCACUGAUUUGUAUUGAGUGCUCAGGAAUUCACAGGAACCUCGGGACACACUUGUCCCGAGUCCGUUCGUUGGACCUGGAUGACUGGCCUAGUGAGCUCACCAAGGUGCUAAUGGCAAUAGGCAACCCCAUGGCCAACAGCAUUUGGGAAAAAUGUACACAAGGGCGCCAAAAGCCAACGCCUGAGGCGACAAGAGAGCAGAGGGAGUCUUGGAUCCGGGCUAAAUAUGAGCAGAAGGUGUUUGUGGCACCCUUGCCAACUCAGGACGAGAGCCCAGGUGAGGUGACAUCAUCACAGCUCCUCAGUGCCGUCACCAACAAAGAUCUUCCCAGGCUCCUGCUGCUCUUGGCCCACAGCACCAAGGAGCAGCUCAAUGUUCCACUGCAGUCUCAGAGCCCCUUACACGCAGCCUGCCAGUUUGGAGAUGUGGUCAUGACUCAGCUCCUAGUCUGGUAUGGAAGUGAUGUGAAAGCAAAGAAUCCUCAAGGCCAAACAGCUUUAACGCUGGCACAACAAGCUGGGAGCCAAGAGUGUGUAGAUAUCCUUCGCCAACAUGGGUGCCCCAACGAAACCUCACCCACUGCGCCCACUCCCAUUCUCUCACGCAAAAGUAGCAUCACAAGUCUUGGACGGAACAAUUCCAGGAGAAGGGUCACAUAACUUUUAAAGACUUCAUGGACAGACAAAGAUUCUUCCUUUCUGGGGGAAAAAAAGAACAGUUUUUAUUUCAUUUUGUUAAAAAGCUAUGUACGUCUCUCUCUAUGGAUGUUCUGCUCUGUCCUCAUUCAUAAACGUCCAUUUAGAUUCCUCAGAGAAGGCAAAAAACGUACUUGUCAAUGUAUGAAAUCAAAUAAAUUAAAAUAUCAAGCCAGCUUGAAAUCAAAUACUGAUACUGUUUCAACGACUCAAAAGCAAUAUUAUACAUGCUAAUUAUAUAUCUAUUACAAAGACAAAUGUAGCCUAGAGAGCUUCUCCAAGCAAUCUGUGGAGAUGUAUUCAACAUUACUGUAUGACUCAUGAAACUGUUCCUCAUAAUAAGCAACAUAAAUGAGGCCACUGUGUUUGUAUGGGAAAAGAAUAGUACUUGUCAUUGUGCAACGUUUCUAAGUACUAGAAUUAAUAAACGUAAAUCUUUAA